AUGCUUCGUAUUCGACCCGUGCUGCGACAAACGACGCUACUCCGCCACAUGUCCUCUUCCAACACGCCCAUCACCGAUGCCAUCAACUCCCGGGUCAAGCAGGAGUUCACCCCUGUCUUUUUCAAGGUCAACAACGACUCUCACAAGCACGCUCACCAUGCUGCCAUGCGGGGAUCGGACAACACUAUCGAGUCGCACUUUCGACUGACCAUUGUCAGCGACAAGUUUGAGGGCAAGAGCGCUCCCAUCCGACACAGAAUGGUAUACAAGCUGUUCGAGGAAGAGAUGGCCCAGCCCAAUGGUCUCCAUGCUCUCUCUUUGACUACCAAGACUCCAAAGGAGUGGGAGGCUCUCGAGAAGAAGUAG